AUGACCGUGCUCAUCGAGUUGCACUACCGACUUCACACCCCCAUGUAUUUCUUCCUCAGCAACCUGUCGUUCACCGACCUGAGUUAUUCUUCAGUCAUCAUGCCCAGAAUGAGGAUGAAUUUAUUAACAGCCCAGAAUACCAUUUCUUUCGUUGGAUGCUUUGCCUCGAUGUACCUUUUCGUUGCUUUAGCUGGCGCCGAGUGCUUUCUUUUAGCUGAGAUGGCUUAUGACCAUUAUGUAGCCAUCUGUAGCCCACUGCUUUACAUGGUUGUGGUUUCUUGGAGAGUUUGUGUCUGGGUUCUGGCUGGGAUAUAUUUAGUCUCCACCAUCAACUCUCUGGCAACAAAAAGUUUUCACUUUUACUUAACAGCAACUAAAUUUCCACCUCAACCCAGAGACCAGUUCAACAGUGUGAAGAGAAUUAAGAAAGCUUCUGCCACCAGCAGAUUCUUGAAAGUUGUUUCCAAGGCUGAAUUGAAUGUUGUGUAUUUAAGCCAUUGCUCCCAAGAUGUUAUGCAGACAUUUCUGGAGGCGAGAACUAUUUCCUUGAUAGAAUGUGCAAUCCAGAUGUAUCUCUUUGUGGCCUGUGUAACCACCGAGGGUUAUUUCCUGACAGUCAAGGCAUAUGAUUGCUUCAUGGCAAUCUGCAACCCUAUGCUCUAUAUGGUUGUUAUGUCCCUCAGAGUGGUUGGCUUAUUAUAUGAGACCACCAUCUCCAUAUACGUUUGGCCCAAUUCACAGUACGCACCAGAAAAUGACAAAGUGGUUUCCAUGUUUUAUACUCCUGUGAUAUCAGUGCUGAAUCCUCUGAUCUACAGCCUGAGAAAGAAGGAUGAAAACGAUGCUCUGUGA